GUCUGCUGCGUGCGCUGCAGCCGGGACUGGGAGCCGGCCCUGGAGCGGGGCCGGGCCGGGGCCGGGCCCGAGCCCGAGCCCGAGCCGGUGCAUGCCGCGUCCCUGCGUCUCCUGCCUGGCCGCUCGUCCGGCGUGCUCCGGCGGCCGCAUCGAGUUGGGGAGCAGGGGCCUGGGGCUGAGCAUCCGUGAGCCUCUGGGAGUCGACCUCCCACCCCAAAGACUCCUACCAUGUUUAACUUGAUGAAGAAAGACAAGGACAAAGAUGGGAGUCGGAAGGAGAAGAAGGAGAAGAAAGAAAAGAAAGAGCGGAUGUCUGCGGCGGAACUACGGAGCCUGGAGGAGAUGAGCCUCCGGAGGGGCUUCUUCAACUUGAACCGGUCCUCCAAGAGGGAGUCCAGGACCAGGCUGGAGAUCUCCAACCCCAUCCCUAUCAAGGUGGCCAGCGGUUCGGACCUGCACUUAACCGAUAUCGAUUCCGACAGCAACCGGGGCAGCGUCAUCCUCGACUCGGGCCACCUGAGUACGGCCAGCUCUAGCGAUGACCUCAAGGGCGAGGAGAGCGGCCGGCCCUCCGUGCUGCAGAGGGCCGCCAAGUUUGGCUCCUUGGCCAAGCAGAACUCGCAGAUGAUCGUCAAGCGUUUUUCCUUCUCCCAGCGGAGCCGCGAUGGGAGUGCCUCAGAGACCUCCACCCCCUCAGAACACUCAGCUGCCCCCUCGCCUCAAGUGGAGGUUCGGACACUCGAGGGCCAGCUGGCACGUCAGGCCGGCCCUGGCGCCUCGUGGCUGGGCUCCAGGACCCGGGGCCCUGAGCUGGUGAACAAACGGUUUGCUGCUGAUUUGCGCCUGCCCGCCGUAGCGCCCCUACUACCUCCCCCUCCUCGGGAGCUGGAGCUUCAGAGGCGUCCCACUGGGGAUUUUGGCUUCUCCCUUCGGCGAACAACCAUGCUGGACCGGGCGCCCGAGGGGCAGGCCUACCGGCGGGUGGUACACUUUGCUGAGCCUGGGGCAGGCACCAAGGACCUGGCCCUGGGGCUGGUGCCCGGCGACCGUCUGGUGGAGAUCAACGGGCAGAACGUGGAGAACAAGUCGCGAGAUGAGAUUGUGGAGAUGAUCCGGCAGUCUGGAGACCACGUCCGGCUCAAGGUGCAGCCCAUCCCAGAGCUGAGCGAGCUGAGCCGCAGCUGGCUGAGGGGCAGCCCUGGACAGCAGAGGGAGCCCACCGACGCCAAGACAGAGGAGCAGAUUGCCGCUGAGGAAGCCUGGCACGAGACAGAGAAGGUUUGGCUGGUCCAUCAAGAUGGCUUCUCUCUUGCCAGCCAACUGAAGUCAGAGGAGUUAAGUCUACCCGAGGGGAAGGUCCGAGUGAAACUGGAUCAUGAUGGAACCAUCCUGGAUGUGGAUGAGGAUGAUGUGGAGAAGGCCAACGCCCCAUCCUGUGAACGACUGGAAGACCUGGCCUCCCUGGUGUACCUCAAUGAGUCAAGUGUCUUGCACACCCUCCGCCAGCGUUACGGGGCCAGCCUGCUGCACACAUACGCUGGCCCCAGCUUGCUCAUCCUCAGCCCCCGAGGGGCCCCUGCGAUGUACUCUGAGAAGGUGAUGCACAUGUUUAAAGGGUGCCGGCGGGAGGAGAUGGCACCCCAUAUCUACACCGUGGCACAGACUGCAUACCGCGCCAUGCUGAUGAACCGCCAGGACCAAUCUAUCAUCUUAUUGGGCAGCAGCGGCAGCGGCAAGACUGCCAGCUGCCAGCACCUGGUGCAAUACCUGGCCACCAUCGCGGGCACCAGUGGGAAUAAGGUGUUCUCUGUGGAAAAGUGGCAGGCUCUGUACACUGUCCUGGAAGCCUUUGGGAACAGCCCCACCAUCAUGAACGGCAAUGCUACCCGCUUCUCUCAGAUCCUCUCGCUGGACUUUGACCAAGCUGGCCAGGUGGCCUCAGCCUCUGUUCAGACUAUGCUGCUUGAGAAGCUCCGAGUCGCCCGGCGCCCAUCCAACGAAGCCACCUUCAAUGUCUUCUACUACUUAUUGGCCUGUGGAGAUAGCACCCUUAGGACAGAGCUACACUUCAACCACCUGGCAGAGAAUAAUGUGUUUGGGAUCGUGCCGUUGUCCAAGCCCGAGGAGAAGCAGAAGGCAGCCCAGCAGUUCAGUAAGCUACAGGCCGCCAUGAAGGUUCUGGGCAUUUCCCCUGAUGAACAGAAGGCCUGUUGGUUCAUCCUGGCCGCCAUCUACCACCUGGGGGCUGCAGGCGCCACCAAAGCGCCCCUUGAGGAACAAUCUGAAGCUGCUGAAGCUGGGCGCAAACAGUUUGCCCGCCACGAGUGGGCGCAGAAGGCAGCGUACCUGCUAGGCUGUAGCCUGGAGGAACUCUCCUCUGCCAUCUUCAAGCACCAGCCCAAGGGUACCCUCCAGCGCUCCACCUCCUUCCGCCAGGGCCCUGAGGAGAACAGCUCAGGAGAUGCUGCAGGUUCUAAGCUGAGCGCCCUUGAGUGUGUGGAAGGCAUGGCCUCAGGUCUCUACUCAGAGCUCUUCACCCUCCUUGUCUCCUUGGUGAACAGGGCCCUCAAGUCCAGCCAGAAUUCCCUCUGCUCCAUGAUGAUCGUGGACACGCCUGGCUUCCAAAAUCCAGACCUGGGGGGCUCGACUCGAGGGGCCUCCUUUGAAGAACUGUGCCACAAUUACACCCAGGACCGGCUCCAGACCCUCUUCCAUGAAAGAACCUUUGUGCAGGAGCUGGACAGAUACAAGGAGGAGAACGUCGAGUUGGCAUUUGAUGACAUGGAGCCUGGUACGGUUGACUCUGUAGCAGUUGUGGACCAAGCAUCCCACCAGGCCCUGGUGCGUUCCUUGGCCCGGCCAGAUGAAGCUCGAGGCCUUCUGUGGCUAUUGGAAGAAGAGGCAGUGGUCCCAGGUGGCACAGACGAGGCCCUGCUAGAGCGGCUUUUCUCUUACUACGGUCCCCAGGAGGGCGACAAGAAAGGACAGAGCCCCCUCCUCCGAAGCAGCAAGCCUCACCACUUCCUCCUGGGCCACAGCCACAACACCAACUGGGUGGAGUACAACGUGGAAGGCUGGCGGAACUAUGCCAAGCAGAACCCAGCCAUGCAGAAUGCCCCACGGCUGCUGCAGGACUCUCAGAAGAAGAUCAUCAGUAACCUGUUUGUGGGCCGGGCCGGCAGCGCCAUGGUGCUGUCAGGCUCCAUCGCGGGGCUGGAAGGGGGUUCGCAGCUGGCGCUUCGCAGGGCCACCAGCAUGCGAAAGACCUUCACCACUGGCGUGGCUGCUGUCAAGAAGAAGUCUCUCUGUAUCCAGAUCAAGCUCCAGGUGGAUGCCCUCAUUGACACUAUCAGGAAGUCAAAAUUGCAUUUCGUUCACUGCUUCCUCCCCGUGGCUGAGGGCUGGGCAGGUGAGCCCCGCUCGGCCUCCUCCCGCCGGGUGAGCAGCAGCAGCGAGCUGGACCUGCCUCCCGGGGAGCACUGCGAGGCCGGCCUCCUGCCGCUGGAUAUCCCCCUGCUCCGGGCCCAGAUCCGCGGCUCUCGUCUUCUGGACGCCCUUCGCAUGUAUCGCCAAGGUUAUCCUGACCACAUGGUGUUCUCAGAGUUCCGGCGACGUUUUGACGUCUUGGCACCCCACCUCACCAAGAAGCAUGGGCGCCACUACAUUGUUGUGGAUGAGAAAAGAGCUGUGGAGGAAUUACUGGAGUCCUUGGACCUGGAGAAAAGCAGCUGGUACAUGGGCCUGAGUCGGGUAUUUUUCCGGGCAGGCACCUUGGCCCAACUGGAGGAGCAGAGGGAUGAACAGACCAGCAAGAAUUUGACCCUCUUCCAGGCAGCAUGCCGCGGUUACUUGGCCCGACAGCACUUCCAGAAGAGAAAGAUCCAAGACCUGGCCAUUCGCUGCGUCCAGAAGAACAUUAAAAAGAACCAGGGGGUGAAGGACUGGCCGUGGUGGAGGCUUUUUACGGCCGUGCGGCCUCUCGUGGAGGUGCAGCUGUCUGAGGAGCAGAUCCGUGGCAAGGACGAGGAAAUACAGCAGCUUCGGAGCAAGCUUGAGAAGGUGGAAAAGGAACGGAAUGAGCUUCGACUUAAUAGCGACCGGCUAGAGACCCGAAUCUCAGAGCUGACAUCAGAGUUGGCGGAUGAGCGAAACACUGGAGAGUCAGCUUCCCAGCUCCUGGAUGCUGAGGCAGCCGAGAGGCUCCGGGCGGAGAAGGAGAUGAAGGAGCUGCAGACCCAGUAUGAUGCCUUGAAAAAGCAAAUGGAAGCCAUGGAGAUUGAGGUGAUGGAGGCCAGGCUUAUCCGAGCUACUGAACUCAAUGGGGAGAUGGAUGAUGACGACUCCGGUGGGGAAUGGCGCCUGAAGUACGAGCGAGCGGUACGAGAGGUUGACUUCACCAAGAAGCGGCUGCAGCAGGAGUUUGAGGACAAGCUGGAAGCCGAGCAGCAGAGUAAGAGGCAGCUGGAGAGAAAGCUGGUAGACCUGCAGGCUGACAGCGAUGAGAGCCAGCGCACCCACCAGCAGCUCAAGAAGAAGUGUCAGCGGCUGACGGCGGAGCUGCAGGACACCCGGCUGCACCUGGAGGGCCAGCAGGUGCGCAACCAUGAGCUGGAGAAGAAGCAGAGGAGGUUUGACAGCGAGCUCUCCCAGGCCCACGAGGAGACCCAGCGGGAGAAGCUACAACGGGAGAAGCUACACCGUGAGAAAGAUGCCCUCCUGGCUGAAGUCUUCAGCCUGAAACAGCAGAUGGAGGAAAAAGACAUGGACAUUGCUGGCUUCACCCAGAAGGUCGUCUCUCUGGAGGCGGAGCUCCAGGACAUCUCUUCUCAGGAGUCCAAGGACGAAGCCUCUCUGGCCAAGAUCAAGAAGCAGCUCCGGGACCUGGAAGCCAAGACCAAAGAUCAGGAAGAAGAGCUGGAUGAGCAGGCGGGGACCAUCCAGAUGCUGGAGCAGGCCAAGCUUCGCCUUGAGAUGGAGAUGGAGCGGACAAGGCAGACUCACUCAAAGGAGAUCGAGGGCCGAGAUGAGGAGGUGGAAGAGGUGCGCCAGUCGUGCCAGAAGAAGUUGAAACAGAUGGAAGCACAACUGGAGGAGGAGUACGAGGACAAGCAGAAGGUUCUGCGAGAGAAGAGGGAGCUGGAGGGCAAGCUCACUGCCCUGAGUGACCAGGUGAGUCAGCGGGACUUGGAGUCUGAGAAGCGCCUACGGAAGGACCUGAAGCGGACCAAGGCCCUGCUGGCAGAUGCCCAGAUCAUGCUGGACCACCUGAAGAACAAUGCCCCCAGCAAGAGGGAGAUUGCCCAGCUCAAGAAUCAGCUGGAAGAGUCAGAGUUCACCUGUGCGGCAGCUGUGAAGGCGAGGAAGGCCAUGGAGGUGGAGAUUGAAGACCUUCAUCUCCAGAUUGAUGACAUCUCCAAAGCCAAGACAGGGCUCGAGGAGCAGGUGAGCCGCCUUCAGCGAGAGAAGAACGAGAUCCAGAACCGGCUGGAGGAGGACCAGGAGGACAUGAACGAGCUCAUGAAGAAGCAUAAGGCCACUGUGGCUCAGGCUUCCCGGGACCUGGCCCAGAUGAAUGACCUCCAGAUUCAGCUGGAAGAGGCCAACAAGGAGAAGCAGGAGAUUCAGGAGAAGAUGCAGGCCCUCCAGAGCCAAGUGGAGUAUCUGGAGCAGUCCAUGGUGGACAAGUCGCUGGUGAGCCGACAGGAAGCCAAGAUCCGGGAGCUGGAGACUCGUCUGGAGUUUGAGAAGACCCAAGUGAAGCGCUUGGAGAACCUGGCUGGCCGGCUGAAGGAAAACAUGGAGAAGCUGACAGAGGAGCGAGAUCAACGCAGUGCCGCGGAGAACAGGGAGAAAGAGCAGAACAAGCGUCUCCAGCGGCAGCUUCGCGACACCAAGGAGGAGAUGGGUGAGCUGGCCAAAAAGGAGGCUGAGGCCAGCCGCAAGAAACACGAGCUGGAGAUGGACCUGGAGAGCCUGGAAGCAGCCAACCAGAGCCUACAGGCAGACCUGAAGCUGGCCUUCAAGCGCAUCGGGGAUCUACAGGCGGCUAUUGAGGAUGAAAUGGAAAGCGAUGACAAUGAGGAUCUCAUUAACAGUUUGCAGGACAUGGUGACAAAGUAUCAGAAAAGAAAGAAUAAGCUCGAGGGUGACUCCGAUGUGGACUCUGAACUGGAAGACCGGGUUGAUGGUGUCAAGUCUUGGUUGUCAAAAAACAAGGGACCUUCCAAGGCUGCUUCAGAUGAUGGAAGCCUCAAGAGCUCCAGACUGUCUCUCAACACAGUCUCCAAAGAGGGCAAGGGGGUGGAGGAGAGGCCGGCCUCUGCCCUCAGCUCCCUGAGCUACCGAAAACGGCUCACCCUCAAGGACUCCAUCGGGGGCACUGGGGACGAGGAGUCCCUCUUCACCACGCUGAGUGAGAGGGCGGCCUCCCCCGAGCGGCCCCCCCGGAAGGCCCGCCGAGGCCCCGGUGGUGGGGAGGCCAGCCCUUGUAAGAAGGCCGAAGAUGAGGACGAUGGCAGCUCCAUCCUCUCGGAGGUCAGGAGCCGGGUGAGCCGGGGGCUGGAGAAAAGAUGGGGGUCUGACUUCGAUCGGGCCUCCACCGUCUCGGCCCCCGUCAGCCGGGCGUCCUCGGCCACCCGGCGCAGCGCCCGGGAGGAGGAGACCAGGUCGUCGCUCAGCUUCUCGCUGUCGGGGUCUCCCAGCUCACGUCGGAGCACCUCUCGGCUGGAGGGCCUCCCCAGGACCCUCAGCCCUUGCCUGAGCAGGGCCUCUGGCUUUGGGCGAGAGAGCCCCAGUUCCCGCCUGUCCCUAGGCCGGAGCUGCCUGGAUGACUGGGAGGAGGAUGGAGCCAGCGUAGCUCUGAGCGAUCUGCAGUCCCAAUACAGCCACCCCUCGCUGGCCCGCAGCCUCUCGGUACCGCCCCGGCCCCAGACCGCCACCUCCGACGAGCCUGCUGGCCCGGGCAUCCGUCCCGUCAGGCACCGUUCCUACUUGGACCCGGACCUGGAGGCCGCCAUCAACGAGGUCUUGAGCUACAAGCCCACCGAGUUCAAGCGGAGCAGCCUGCAGCCCGACUCCGACGAGGAUGACCGCAAGAGCGUGAGGAGCGCGCGGAGCGCCCAGCUGGGCGCCGGCGGGGAAGAGCGGGCCACCACCAUCCGCCGCUCGGCCUCGGCCGCCGAUGUGUCGAGGUCUCGGAGCCGGCACAAGAGCCGGGGUAAGAGAAAGAGCAGCAGCAGCAGCAGCAGCAGCAGCAGCUCCGGGUCCGAGCAUUCCUCCGAACGGAGGCACCGCAGUAAGGCUCAUUCUCGGAAGAGCAAGAAGAAGUCCAAGAAGAGGAAGAAGAAGAGCAAGUCUUCCUCCUCCGAGUCCUCCUCUUCCUCCAGCGGCUCCACCGUCUCAUGUCGCAGCCGCUCCAGCGUCAAGAAGGGCCCGGAAGCGGCCUCGGAGGGCGAGGGCCGACCGUCCAAGGAAGAGAAGAAACAGGAGAAGAAGCGGAAGAAAGAGGUGGACAGCUUGAUGAUGCGCUACCUGUACCGGCCGGAGAGCGACUAAAGCACCCUUCCAGCUACCAGAAGUCCCUUGCCCUUGACCGAUCGGAUGACGAGCAUGACCCCCUGGACCACACCACCCGACCCCGAUACUCUCACAGCUACCUGAGCGACAGUGACACAGAGGCCAAGCUGGGGGACUCCACUGCAUAGCCCAUGGCAUUUGGUCCAACGCCCUUCUCCCAGCGUGGCUCGCUACAGUCAGAUGACUCUCCCAAAGGACGACGGGGCACACGCCUCCCUGCCCCCUAUACCCGCACCAUCAAUUUGCAUGGGAAAGACCCCAUUCCAGUCCUUUCCAGGGGGAACCCUCUGGGAUGUGGGUGGCUCCAUACCCCUGCCAUGGCGAGAGGGAAAGAGGAGAAGAAUGUCGGGAGAGAAAACUUGGAAUCCUUGUCUGCCUCCUUCCAAAUGAAACCAACAGCAUGGCUCAGACAUUCCCUCUGGGCCAAGUGAAUGGGAAGUUCCCUUUCAGCCCUCUUGUGUGGGGAGCUAUGUUGGGAUGGACUUCUUCACUGGGACAUUCUUCAGUUGCUUCGUCCCCUGGAGGGAGCAGCCCCAGAUCCUUCCCUCUGGGUGGGGAGGGCUUUCUCUUCUCAGUGCCUGCUGUCUUUUUUAUUUUAUAAUUUAAAUACCAGACCUUUUCCCUAUCAAGGCCAAGUCCCCAGGAAGGGGGAAGAAAGAAAGAGGCUACAGCAAGGGAGGGGUGAAAUAGGUGGAUGGGAAAUCAGACCUCCAUCUUUGCUCUUCAGUUGAGCCAAAGACAAAAGCCCUGUUUGUCCAACUGAGGAGGAGGGAGCCAUGUCUGGCUUUCGGAGCCAGGUUUUAAGAGUGUGAAUAGGGUGGGGCUCAGAGGGUUCAUGCUUAGACAGAUAGACAUGAAUACACACCAAGAAAAAUACUGUCCCCAGGAAUACACAGGAUGGUAAGUGCAGUGACCUCAUUACAGGGAAACCCAUUCCAUGGAUAUAGGCUUGGGACUUAGUCAAACCACCAUGUCCUCCUUUGUUCCUCUGUCCCAGUAGACUGACAUAAGAACACAACUUCUGGAAAGGGAAGGCCUUACCUUGGGUGCUUGGGAUCAGAAACACUGAAGACUGGAUUUAUUUUAGGUGCUGUGGGAUGGGUGGGCACUUUGACCCAGUCUCCUGCACUCUCACAUCAAGCCCUGAUCCUACACUCUGAGCCUUUGUGUGUCUCCCUGCCUUUCUCUUUCUUUCUCUCUCUCUUCCCUCCCCUCUCCUCUUUCUCUUUCUCCCCUCCCCAUACCCAAAAGACCAUCCCCUCUUCCUUCGCUAUGCUGACCGCAUACCUUCUCUAGGGCUGAGCCCCCAUCGGUUAGCCUUUCAAUAAAAAAUCAGCCACAAGGGCCAAAGAGCAAUGCCUGGUGGUGCAGCCUGGCCCACUUCUGCUGGGUCCCUUUCUCUUCUCUCAGUUUGCACUUGGACUGUGCAUCUCUUCCCCCCGGUUAUGUUCAGUACGGAAAUAAAUCUUCUUUUCCUCCUGA